CGCAGAGCGAGUGGCGCCCGCACGCCCUGCGCUGCUCCGCGGGCCGGGCCCGGCCGCCCGGAACGCUGAGGCGGCGGCGGCCAAGGCGGCGGGUCUCGCGCGCCGGGCCCGCGUGCCCGAGCGGAGGGCGCCGUCCGCCGCGCAGGCCGCGCUCCCUCAGCCCGCGGCGGUGAUGAGGCGCUGAGGCGGCGGCCGGCGCUGCGCGGCGCGACCGAAGGACGAGGACGCGGCCGGGCCGAGGGCGCGGGGCGCCGGUCUCCUGAGGCGAGGGGCGGCGGGCGCAUGGCGCAGUGACGGCCCCUGCCGCUCCGCCCGCUCCCCGGCCCCAGGCUAGGCCGUCCGGCCGCCACCCCUCCUGCUCGGCCGCCGCCUCCACCGCCGCCGCCAUGGCCAAUGACAGCGGCGGGCCCGGCGGGCCGAGCCCGAGCGAGCGAGACCGGCAGUACUGCGAGCUGUGCGGGAAGAUGGAGAACCUGCUGCGCUGUAGCCGCUGCCGCAGCUCCUUCUACUGCAGCAAGGAGCACCAGCGGCAGGACUGGAAGAAGCACAAGCUCGUGUGCCAGGUCGGCGAGAACGUUCCUGCCCCCGGCACGGGCCAAGCGCAGCAGCCGGGCCGCGCGCCGCCGCCCAGGGCCGCCGGAGUCAGGGAGGCCAGGAAGGCGGCGCCGCGCCGGGACCGAGCCGUCGAAGCCGCGGGCCCGCGGGCCUCCGGAGACGCGGCCAAGGCGAAGGCGAAGGCCAAGCCCACGGCCGACCCCGCGGCGGCCGCGUCCCCGCCCCGCGCGGCCCCCGGCGUUCAGGGUCGGAUAGCGGCGGCCGCUGAGGCGGAGUCCGCGAAGGAGGAGCUGCUGGCCCGCCCGUCGCUGUACCAGGAGAAGGCGAACCUGUACCCGCCGAGUAACGCGCCGGGCGAGGGGCUGAGCCACGGCGGCCUGCGGCCCAACGGGCAGACGAAGCCGAUGCCGGCACUGAAGCUGGCGCUGGAGUACAUCGUGCCCUGCAUGAACAAGCACGGCAUCUGCGUGGUGGACGACUUCCUGGGCAAGGAGACCGGCCAGCAGAUCGGCGACGAGGUGCGCGCCCUGCACGACACGGGCAAGUUCACGGACGGGCAGCUGGUCAGCCAGAAGAGCGACUCGUCCAAGGACAUCCGAGGCGAUAAGAUCACCUGGAUCGAGGGCAAGGAGCCCGGCUGCGAAACCAUCGGGCUGCUCAUGAACAACAUGGACGACCUGAUCCGCCACUGUAACGGGAAGCUGGGCAACUACAAAAUCAAUGGCCGGACGAAAGCUAUGGUUGCUUGCUAUCCUGGCAAUGGAACAGGUUACGUACGUCAUGUCGAUAAUCCAAAUGGAGAUGGAAGAUGUGUGACAUGUAUAUAUUAUCUUAAUAAAGACUGGGAUGCCAAGGUAAGUGGAGGUAUACUUCGAAUUUUUCCAGAAGGCAAAGCCCAGUUUGCUGACAUUGAACCCAAAUUUGAUAGACUGCUGUUUUUCUGGUCUGACCGUCGCAACCCUCAUGAAGUACAACCAGCAUAUGCUACAAGGUACGCAAUAACUGUUUGGUAUUUUGAUGCAGAUGAGAGAGCGCGAGCUAAAGUAAAAUAUCUAACAGGUGAAAAAGGUGUGAGGGUUGAACUCAAUAAACCUUCUGAUUCGAUCAGUAAAGACGUCUUAUAGAGCCUUUCAUCCAGCAAUACCCCACUUCACCUACAAUAAUUAUUGACGCUAUUUGUUAACUUGUGAAUACAAAUAAAUGGGAUAAAGAAAAAUAGACAACCAGUUGGCAGUUUAAGGAAACAGAAACAACUUUUUUGUGUUGCAUCAAAACAAAGAUUUUGAUUGUGUGGCUUUGUACUGCAUGACUGACUCCAAACCUGUGAUGGGAGGAAUAUAAGUUAUCAACUGAAAGUGGUAUUUACAUCUGGACAUGAAAUAAGUGCCCUAGGUAGAAUUGUUUUCAUUCUUAUAUUUUGCCAGAUCUGUCAUCUAGCUGAAUUCAUUUCAUCUCUCCCUUUUUUAUAUAGUCAAGUUUGAAUUUGAAAUAAUUUUUGUAUAAUCAGGUACAAUUUAUCAAAACUGAAUUGAGAAAAAAUUACAGUAUUAUUUCCCAAAAUAGCAUCAAUCUAUUUUUGUAAACCUCUUCGUACUAUUAAAUUUUGCCCUGAAAAGCCUCUUAAAAUGAUUGUUGCCAGUGACUAAUGAUUAAUUUUGUUUUUACUUAAAAUAAGAAAAGGAGCACUUUAAUCACCAACUGAAAAAUCAGAUUGUUUUGUAGUCCUUACACUAAUUUGAACUCUUAAAAGACUGCUGCUGCUGUUUUUUUGACAUUGUUAAUAGUGAAAACUGUCACUGUUUACUUUACCAUUUACUACCAGUAACUUUUAGUUCAUGUUUUAUAGGAAAAAUACACAGUAAAAAGGUUUUAUCUUUUAAGUUACAUUAAAAAAGAAAAAAAAAAACUACAGUGACUGGCACUAAAUGAACUUGAGGUUAUCCUCCUCAGCAUCAAGUUCCCCAGAUAAAGGGCUUUCUUCUGCUUUCAGGUACAUCCUGUAGAUGUGGAACAUCCUGUCCCCUUUCCUAGACUUUUCCUUUUGCUUCCCGUCAGGUUGAUUGUACUUUGAGUUUUGCUCUUUUCUUCCUCCUUCUCUGCCCAUCUGGCCAGCAGAUCAGAACCUCAUUCCUGUUAGGUAGCGUCAGGGGGAGACUGUGCCUCCAGACCGAACGGUGUUAUUACAGACUUGACAUCAGUGACUCCUCAGGCCACUGCUGAUGCCUCCCAAGAGGCGGUGCUGUCCGUCAGGACUGAAAGAUGGACGUUCAGCUUAAAAAUCAAAGCACGAAGCAAAAAAACCAGAUACUUCUGAGUCUUCUUUUUUACUUUUCAGAAAAAAGAGGGAAUCCUACAAAAUCACGUAAGUCCUCCCAGACUUGAGUUAUUUAACACCUGAAUUAGGAUGGAUAUCUUAGACUUCAGUUUCCUAGGCUGUUUAGCAAAGCCCAAAAGGUGGUAUCUGUAUUUUGCAUGAAUUAUGGGUGUAAGGCCUUGCCCACUUCAGUUUUCUAUCUCUGUCCUUGAUCUUCUUUGCCAAAAUAAUGUGAGUGUACAGAAAUGUUUCUGUAUAUUUCAACCUAUGACAGUUUUAGCAUCUGUAUAGUUUGUAUUCAAUUAGAGACCUUUUCUAUGGAAAGCUCAGUAAUUUUUAUUAAAAGAUUGCUACUGUUCAUGUAAAACAUGAAAAAAAGUUGUUUAGUGAACUGGCAGCAUGGAUUUAGGGUGGGAUUAAAUAUUCAGUAUUGUGAUCUCACUUCGGAGAACUUGCAGGAGACAAUUGUAGUUGAUUGUUGGUUUUCCUCACCCACUGCAGUUUUGUUCCACUUCCUUUCCUAGUCCCAGAUAAUGUUAGUACAAUGCAACAUCUCAACAGUAAGUGCCUCUGCCCCUGCUCUCCCCUCGCGCCCCAGCCUGGUCUGCAGUGCACUGCACUGCCUGAGGCCACAACUCAAAAGCGCUAUUAUUUUUAGGUUGAGUAGAAAUUGUAUGAUGUUGGUGGGAGGUUUGUUUUGUCAAGGUGUACAAUAACAGCCUUUUAAUCUGGGAGCCCCUGUGUCAUUCAGAUAUGUAUCUCUGCAGUUGUGCAAAGUGUCAGAUUCUACUGUCUGUGGGUUGUGCUUGCCUGACAGGUUUUAAAUUUUGUUGUGGGGUUUUUUUUUGUUUGUUUUUGGAAAAGUUUAUAAUUUCUUGGAGAUUGUUGUGAAAGGAUGGAGAAAUCAGGAUAGCCAUUUCUUCAAUAUCCAUUUAAAAUCUGUUCUUUUCAUGUUAGUGGGACUGUUAACUUGUCACCAAGCAGGACUCUAUAUAAAACAAAAUUUAAAACUAUUUGUGGCCUAUAUGUGUUUAAUCCUGGUAAAAGAUAAAGCUUCUAAUGCUGUUUUUAUUCAACAUAUUAACCAGCUGUAAAACACAGACCUUUAUCAACAGCAGGCAAAGAAUUUCAGGAUUUACAUACAGAUAGACUAUAAAAUCAUGUAAUUUGAAAAGCAGUGUUUCAUUAUGAAAAAGCUCUCAAAAUGCUUGUAAAGCUAAUCUAAUUAAACAGAUGUAUAAAUGUUCUUGAAAAAAUUA